AUGGCUCCUCUUCCCAUCAAGUUCACGGAGCUUAUCAAUACUCUAGAAUCUGACCAUUACGUUUGCGUCCGCCAAAAACUUAAUGAAGAUGAUAAGCCUCAGGUCAUCAUUCUCAACCUGAAGAAUAACAAUGAGGUCAUCAAGCGACCGAUUAAUGCGGACAGUGCUAUCAUGCACUGGUCCAAGAACAUCAUUGCUCUUAGAGCCCAGGGCCGAACAAUCCAGAUCUUCGAUCUCACAGCGAAGCAGAAACUCAAGUCUGCGGUUAUGAACGAAGAUGUCGUCUACUGGAAGUGGUUCAGCGAAAAGUGCUUGGGUCUGGUCACAGAAGCAUCCGUCUACCACUGGGAUGUUUUCGAUCCUACUCAAAACCAGCCCAUUAAGAUCUUCGACCGUUUGCCAAACCUAAGUGGCUGCCAAAUCAUCAACUACCGUGUUAACGAUGACGAGAAAUGGAUGGUCGUGGUCGGUAUUAGCCAACAACAGGGACGCGUUGUGGGCUCAAUGCAGCUCUAUUCCAAGGACCGCGGAAUAUCCCAGUUCAUUGAAGGUCAUGCUGCAGCUUUUGCGUCGAUCCGAGUGGAAGGAUCUCCUCUGGAGCACAAGUUGUUCACUUUCGCUGUUCGCACGCAGACUGGCGCAAAGCUGCAAAUCGCCGAGAUCGACCACCAGGAGCCGAACCCCAGAUUCCAAAAGAAGGCAGUCGAGGUCUACUUCCCCCAGGAAGCUGUCAACGACUUCCCGGUCGCCAUGCAGGUAUCCAGAAAGUACGACAUUGUUUAUUUGGUUACGAAGUAUGGCUUUAUUCAUCUCUAUGACCUUGAGACUGGUACCUGCAUUUUUAUGAACCGUAUCUCCAGCGAGACCAUCUUCACUACUGCCCCUGACUCCGACUCUGCCGGUCUGGUUGGUGUCAACCGUAAAGGUCAAGUCUUGUCGGUCAGCGUUGAUGAGGGAACCAUUAUCCAGUACCUGAUGGAGAAUCCUGCCAUGUCUGGACUCGCGGUCAAACUCGCUUCCAAGGCUGGCCUUCCCGGAGCGGAUCACCUCUAUCAGCAGCAGUUCGACAACCUGUUGGCGCAAGGCAAUUACUCCGAAGCCGCGAAAAUUGCUGCAAACUCCCCUCGCGGAUUCCUUCGGACACCGGAGACAAUCAACCGCUUUAAGAACGCACCACAGACUGGGCAGCAGAUGUCCGUCAUUCUCCAGUAUUUCGGCAUGCUUUUGGACAAGGGAUCUCUGAACAAAUACGAGAGUGUCGAGCUCGUACGCCCUGUCCUGCAGCAGAACAGAAAGCAUCUUCUGGAAAAGUGGACACGUGAGAACAAGUUGGAGGCCUCUGAAGAGCUCGGAGACAUCGUUCGUCCGUACGACAUGAACAUGGCCCUGUCGAUUUACCUGCAAGCCAAUGUACCCAACAAGGUUAUCGCUGGUUUCGCCGAGACCGGUCAAUUCGACAAGAUCCUCAGCUAUUCGAAGCAAGUUGGAUACCAGCCGGAUUACACACAACUACUGCAACACAUUGUUCGCGUCAAUCCCGAGAAGGGUGCCGAAUUUGCAGCUCAAUUGGCAAAUGAGGAAAGUGGCGCGCUCAUCGACCUUGACCGUGUCGUAGAUGUCUUCCUGUCGCAGAACAUGAUUCAGCAGGCAACCUCAUUCUUGCUGGAUGCGCUCAAGGAUAACAAGCCUGAGCAUGGUCACUUGCAAACACGAUUGCUUGAGAUGAACUUGGUCAACGCCCCGCAGGUCGCUGAUGCAAUCCUUGGCAACGAGAUCUUCACUCACUACGACCGUCCCAGAAUCUCCCAGCUUUGCGAGAAUGCUGGCCUCAUUCAGCGUGCAUUGGAGAACACCGACGAUCCCGCGGUGAUUAAGCGCAACAUUGUCCGAACCGAUAAGCUCAAUCCCGAGUGGCUCAUGAACUACUUUGGCCGUCUUUCCGUGGAGCAGACCAUCGAAUGCAUGGAUACUAUGUUGGAAGUGAACAUCCGUCAGAAUCUACAGGCAGUUGUUCAGCUCGCUACAAAGUUUUCCGAUCUCCUUGGACCCGGCCGCCUCAUCAGUCUGUUUGAGAAAUACCGAACUGCCGAAGGUCUCUACUAUUACCUUGGAAGCAUUGUCAACCUCAGCGAGGACCCUGAGGUGCACUUCAAGUAUAUUGAGGCUGCUACUGCCAUGGGCCAGCUGACUGAGGUCGAGAGAAUUUGCCGCGAGAGCAACUAUUACAAUCCGGAGAAGGUGAAGAACUUCCUGAAAGAAGCCCGACUGACCGAGCAGCUUCCGCUCAUCAUCGUCUGUGAUCGUUUCAACUUCAUCCACGACCUGGUCCUCUAUCUGUAUCAGAACCAGCAAUACAAAUCCAUCGAGGUCUACGUGCAGCGUGUCAAUCCGUCCCGCACUCCGGCAGUCGUGGGAGGAUUGUUGGAUGUUGACUGUGACGAAGCCAUCAUUAAGAAUCUCCUGUCUACUGUUGAACCCUCUGUUAUUCCUAUCGAUGAGCUUGUAUCUGAGGUGGAAAGCCGUAACAGAUUGAAGUUGCUCCUUCCAUUCCUCGAAGCUACUCUGGCUUCCGGCAACCAACAACAAGCAGUUUACAACGCUCUCGCAAAGAUCUACAUUGACAGCAACAACAACCCCGAGAAGUUCCUCAAAGAGAACGACCUUUAUGACACGUUGACCGUUGGUAAAUACUGUGAAAAGCGUGAUCCAAACCUGGCCUACGUCGCGUACAGGAAGGGACAGAAUGAUUUGGAGCUCAUCAAUAUCACCAACGAGAACUCCAUGUACAGAGCCCAGGCUCGUUACCUGGUUGAACGCGCCGAUUCAGAGAUCUGGUCGUUUGUGCUGAGUGAGAACAACCUGCAUCGUCGUUCUCUUGUCGACCAGGUCAUCGCGACAGCGGUCCCGGAGUCGACUGAACCCGACAAGGUAUCCGUUGCUGUCAAGGCUUUCCUCGAAGCCGACCUGCCUGGCGAACUCAUCGAGCUUUUGGAGAAGAUCAUUCUCGAGCCCUCGCCAUUCAGUGACAACGGUAGCUUGCAGAAUCUGCUGAUGCUGACUGCCGCCAAAGCCGACAAGGGACGUCUUAUGGAUUACAUCCACCAGCUCUCCGAGUUCAGUGCUGACGAGAUCGCGGAGAUGUGUAUUUCUGUGGGUCUGUAUGAAGAAGCGUUUGAGAUCUAUAAGAAGGUCAACAACUAUAUCGCUGCCGUCAAUGUUCUCGUUGAGAACAUCGUCAGUAUCGAUCGCGCGCAAGAAUUCGCCGAACGCGUUGAAUUGCCAGAUGUCUGGAGCAAGGUUGCGAAAGCUCAGCUUGACGGUCUUCGUGUAUCUGACUCGAUCGAGUCGUACAUUCGUGCCAACGAUCCCUCCAAUUACAACGAGGUAAUUGAGACCGCAAUCCACGCCGGUAAAGAUGAAGAUCUCGUCAAGUAUCUCAAGAUGGCCCGCAAGACAUUGCGUGAGCCUGCCAUCGACACCGCUCUUGCUUUCUGCUAUGCUCGCCUUGACCAGUUGCUGGAGCUUGAGGACUUCCUGCGAUCCACCAAUGUGGCCGAUAUUGAAACAUCUGGUGACAAGGCUUAUGCUGAAGGAUACCAUCAGGCGGCUAAGAUUUUCUACACCAGCAUCUCGAACUGGGCCAAGCUGGCCACCACUCUGGUGCAUUUGGAAGACUAUCAAGCUGCAGUUGAGUGUGCCCGCAAGGCCAACAGUGUCAAGGUCUGGAAGGAGGUCAACCUGGCAUGUGUUGAUAAGAAGGAGUUCCGUCUCGCACAGAUUUGCGGUCUCAACCUCAUUGUCCAUGCCGAGGAGCUGCAGGAUCUUGUGCGCCAAUAUGAACGCCACGGCUACUUCGAUGAGUUGAUCAGUGUGCUCGAAGCUGGCUUGGGCCUGGAGAGAGCCCAUAUGGGUAUGUUCACUGAGCUGGGCAUUGCUCUGUCCAAAUACCACCCUGACCGGGUUAUGGAGCACCUCAAACUCUUCUGGUCUCGCAUCAACAUCCCCAAGAUGAUCCGAGCGUGCGAGGAAGCCAAUCUCUGGCCAGAACUGGUGUUCCUGUACUGCCAUUAUGAUGAAUGGGAUAACGCUGCCUUGGCUAUGAUGGAGCGUGCCGCUGAUGCAUGGGAACAUCACUCGUUCAAGGAUAUCAUCGUCAAGGUUGCCAACCUGGAGAUCUAUUAUCGUGCUCUGAACUUCUAUCUGCAGGAGCAACCCCUCCUCCUCACCGAUCUGCUCCAGGUGCUGACUUCCCGGAUCGAUGUCAACCGUGUUGUGCGCAUUUUCCAGACCUCGGAUAAUAUCCCUCUGAUCAAGCCAUUCCUGUUGAAUGUGCAGAACCAGAACAAGCGGACUGUCAACGAUGCCAUCAAUGAUCUGUUGAUCGAGGAGGAAGACUACAAGACCCUCCGUGACUCGGUGGACAACUAUGACAACUUCGAUGCGGUGGAGUUGGCCCAGCGUCUCGAGAAACAUGACCUCAUCUUCUUCCGGCAGAUUGCCGCGAACAUCUACCGCAACAACAAGCGCUGGGAGAAGUCGAUCGCGCUGUCGAAGCAGGACAAGCUUUACAAGGAUGCUAUUGAGACCGCGGCGAUUUCUGGCAAAUCGGACGUGGUCGAAGAACUCCUUCGCUACUUUGUCGAUAUUGGCAGCCGCGAGUGCUAUGUUGGCAUGCUGUAUGCCUGCUAUGAUCUCAUCCGGCCCGACGUGAUCCUGGAGAUGUCGUGGCGACACGGUCUCAAUGACUUCACCAUGCCCUUCAUGAUUAAUUUCCUUUGCGAGCAGACCCGCACAAUUGAGAUGCUCAAGAAGGACAAUGAAGAGCGCAAGUCUCGGGAAGUAACGCAGCAGAAAGAAGAGGACAACACCCCCAUCUUGGGCGGCUCGCGGCUCAUGUUGACACAAGGCCCAUCAACGCCCGCGCCUGCUCCGAUGGCAUAUGGACAGCCGAACGGUAUUGCUCCCCAAGCGACCGGCUUCCGUCCAUUCUAG